GUAUUCUCCACAAACCCCUACGCGGACCACCCAUCCCUCUCCGAAACGGAGGCCGAAGUCCUUUGGCAGUACGCGAAGCUCUCGCAAAACAUCAAAGAGCUCGUAGUUGAGACGCGUAGACUGAGUGAGGCGCCAGAUGAGUCUAUGCUGAGGAGGUUGCGGGCGUUGGAGGUGAAGAUGGGGUUGGUACUCACGCUAUUCAAAGCUUCUGUAUGGGCCGUUAUCAAUGAGCAGCCAAUGGAAGAGUCACCAUCCUUCGCCGACACGACC